GGGGGGGGGAAGAGAGAAGAAAACAGAACACAGAAGAACCAGAUCGCUUCUCCGCCGCUCCUAGAAGUCGGCCAGAGCGAGGAGCUCCUUAGUCGGAGAGAAGAACCACCAUGUCCCGGAGGAAGCAGAGCAAACCCCGGCAGAUAAAGCGUUCCCUUGGGGAUCUUGGCGGCGAGGAGGAAAACACACCGGACAACCUCAGCCUAUCAGGAGAGGAGGGUGGAGUCUCGGACCCAGAUGACUCAGUGGAGGGGGACAGCUCCAGCCCCCUGCCAUACACGUUGCGUUACAACGAAGAGCCCAGGACGCAGGACUCCGGAGGAGGCCCCGAUGAUGAAGACCAGGACGGGGAGGAGGCAGGUCAGACACACAGCCACGGGGAGGAGGAAGAGGAAGGGGAAGAGGAGGAGGAGGUGUCGCAGCGAAGGGGUCCAGAUGACUUGAAGUUCAGUGAUGCGGGAGGGGACAGCAGGGUGGUGGCCGGCAGGGACCUCCAUCCAGACACAACGUGGGGCCCCUACCCAGGAAUCCUCCAAUCAGAAGGCAGCACGGACGAUCAGGAGACAGAGAACUCCAGGUUGACUCUGGUGUGUGAAGAUCCAGACUGUUGGAUUGGUCUGCUCCCUCUGACCUCCGACAUCUCCGCUGCCAACUGUACCAUCUACAGCCAAGGUGAGGAGUUGUUCUGUAAGGUGACCAGAGAGCUCACGGCUGGCGAAAGGCUCCUGUCUUCUCUGUUGCCUCCCCCUGGCUCCUCCCCCUCCUCACCGAUGACCCAGCUCUCUCCUCCCCUCAGCCUCGUCACCCAGAAGCAACCUGCGGUGAAAGAGGAGUCCAUGUAUCCGCCGGCGCUGCGCUCGGACAUCCAACUCCUCCCACAGCAAGCUGGCAUGGCGGCCAUCUUGGCUACUGCCGUUGUCAAUAAGGACAUUUUCCCAUGCAAGGACUGUGGGAUCUGGUACCGCAGUGAGAGGAAUCUGCAGGCCCACCUCAUGUACUACUGCGCCAGCCGUCAAAAGCAGCCAGCAGCAGCCUCGUCCCCACCACAAGACAAACCCAAGGAGCCCUACCCCAAUGAACGCAUCUGCCCCUUUCCACAGUGCAACAAGAGCUGCCCCAGUGCCAGCUCACUUGAGAUCCACAUGCGCACACACAGUGGUGAACGUCCAUUUGUCUGUCUCAUCUGUCUUUCAGCCUUCACCACUAAAGCAAACUGUGAGCGCCAUCUUAAAGUCCACACGGACACAUUGAACGGAGUAUGCCAUGGCUGCGGCUUUGUCUCCACCACAAGAGACAUCCUCUACAGUCAUCUGGUCACCAGCCACAUGGUGUGCCAGCCUGGAUCUCGCAGUGAGGUCUACUCCCCAGGGCCAGGCCUUCCCAAGCUGCCCCUGUCCACUGGUCUUAGUCCAGGAGACUCUGGUGUGGUCUUGAAGUGUCAAGUGUGUGGCCACAACUCUGACUCACCUGCCCAGCUUCAGCAGCAUGUGCGAACCCACCUAGAGGUUAGGGUCCCAGCUGAAAGGAGCCCCACUCCCCGUCAAAGUACCCCAUCAUCAGUUGACCACCCCCAGCUGUCCCCCCAGGAGAGGGAGCCCCUAGCCUGUGUCCCUACGCCAGAAUCAUCUAGCCCUGGUGCAAACGGCGGCUCAGCCACCCCUCGAGACUACGGUCCUCAGGAUGCCCCAACCACUGACCUAAAGAUCAAGGAGGAGCCUCAUUCAGACUCAGAGACAGAAGUGCAGAAAAUGGAGAUUAUGGAGGAUGGUGAGAAAGAGGAGCUUGCUGAAGAGGAGGGACAUCAAGAAGUUAGAAUCAAGACAAAGUACAAGCAAAUCACCACAUUCUGCUGCCCGACAUCGUCCUCUCCGAAGAGUCCAGCCACCGCAACUGUGAAGGCAGAACCAAUUAGUCCCACCCCUGGUUCUAGCCCUGCGCAUGUGGGAGGCACAGGGUCAGUUCUUCCUGGGGGAGCAAUGUUCUUGCCUCAGUACAUGUUUAAUCCUGAGGCAGCCAUUUUGCCUCAGGCCUCAGAGAUACUGGCUAAAAUGUCAGAGAUGGUCCACAGCCGACUGAAACAGGGCCAGACAGUUCCUCAAAACAACCCAGCGGCCUUCUUCCCCUCUGGACCGACUGCAACUUCACCCGGAGCCACUCCCCCUCAUAAAGGAGCCACCUGCUUUGAGUGUGAUAUCACAUUCAACAACAUCAACAACUUCUAUGCACAUAAGAGGCUGUACUGCUCCAGUAGGCACCACGGAGAAGGCGCAACCUCAGCUUCAGCCCCUGGAACGACAAGAGAUGCAGCCCCAGCCACAAUGCCUUCCAGUGGGGCACAUGGAUCGUCCGCAUCUCCUCAGGGUGGAGCAUUAAGUAGAGCAGCCUCUGCUUCUCCUACUGAUUCUGACCCUCCUGCGGGGAGUGGAGCAACAGAAUCCAAGAGGGUGGUGGAAAUUAAGACAGAAACUCCUAGAGAGGGAAUAUCAUCCUCUUCUGAAGGUGAAGGUGGAGGUGGAAGUGUGGGAGGAGGAGGUGGAGGAGGAAGAGCAAGCGAAGGCAGCCAGAGUCCCGCUAGUGGUUCUGCAGAGGACCAAGAAGAGGAUCCCAAUAGAACCUUCUGCGAGGCCUGCAACAUCCGCUUCAGUCGUCAUGAAAACUAUACUGUACACAAACGCUUUUACUGCGCAUCACGCCAUGACCCAUCGAACCACCGAGCAUUACACAUGGCCAAGGCAACCACAGCAGCCUUCCUUCCCCAGCCCAUCCGCAAACGCAAGAGGAAGAAGAUGUACGAGAUUCAUAUGGCCAGAACUGAAGCCUUAGCCAAUGCCGCUGCUGCCGCUGCUGCCUCUGCUGCUGCUUCGGCACCAUCUCCCUCUGUACUGGGCUUGGCAGUGAAGCAAGAAGUUUCUCCCAGCGGGGCAGGCAGUUCCAGCCCCGAAGGAGAUGGUCCGAUUGACCUCAGCAAGAGGCCCCGUCUAAGAGAGGUUUCACGGCACAGCAGUAGCAGUAUUCUCCCUGCCCUUCCUCUUACAGACUACCACAAGUGCACCGCCUGCAGUAUCAGCUUCAACAGCAUUGAAAACUACCUGGCUCAUAAAACCUACUAUUGCCCUGCUACCACCCUCCAGCCCCAUACCUUGGAGCAGCUUCACAGGCUCAAGAGUUCGGCCUCUACCUCUCCCAAAAGCAGGCCUCAGCAGGAGCGCCCGGAUCAUCUGCACCCUAUGGAGGCUAAAGCUCUGCCUGCUGAAUGGGUUGCCCAGGCUCAAGGCACAUCAUCCAGUCCUCACCCCUCUGCUUUGCCUGCCUCGGAUGCUACAUCUCCUCCCCAUUCAACCACAACACUUGCAGCCACCCCAGGUGCAGGAGCCAAAGGCGCAGGCCCCAGUUCUUCUCAGGUGGUCUGCCCAUACUGCCCUAACAGGCUCAUUACCUGUGACCUGAUGGAGCACUUCAAGACUACCCACGGCCUGGUUGUAACCAUUCAGCCACCCCAGCCAGGCAGUGCAGUCAGCCGCAGCCCCAGCCUUAGUCCCAGGGAUGGACCUGCUGCAACCACCUCCACCACCCCUACCAGCCAGCCCAGAUUGGUCUCUCGAGCUCACAGAGACAGCAUCAACGGGCAGGCAAGGAGUGGUACAACUUCGCCUGUCUCCCCACUGGUAAACGGCAGCCCUUCAGCUGGUGGUAGAUCACCUUUGGCUGGCUCCCCUCUGCCCGUGUCUCCCCCAAGGGCUUCUUCUCUGACUUUGUCACCUGUGCCUGAGAUCCUGAGGGAGACCUUGAGAUCAUCCCACCUUCCAGACAAGGCUGUCCCGACCUUGGCCUCCCAACCCGUCCCCACACCCGAGCCUGCCUCCAUCCCUGGCCCCAAAUCCACAGUGAUCUCCCCUGUCCUGAAUGGCUUUCCUCAACUAGGUUCCAAGAAGCUCAGUUGUCCCUCAUCAUCUGCCAGUCCUUCUACAUGGGGGCCAAAAUGGCCUUCAGCUGGCAUGACCAUGAAGGACAAUGAAUGACUGUUACUCACCUGGCAGGGCCUGAUGUCCAACUGCUCCAGAGCAGAAUUUGCAGGUGGUGUUACUAACAUACGUUAUCUGAUAUUCUCGUGCUAUGGGUCAAAGUUUGUAGCACACUAAGAGCUGAGACGAAUGCUACCUGCACACACUGGUGUGCCCUCGUCCCCUAGAUUACUCUCUGUCUUCACACCCCAGUAACCAAUUCAACAUCUACCACUCCCAGGCCUCAAGUUAUGUUGCAUUAUGGGACGUUAAAAACAUUUAAGUCAACAGCCUGUUUUCUGUCUCUCUGUUGAACAGUGUCAGUAAUUAGACUCUGACUGAUGGAGGCAUUUCUGACUGAUGAUGAUACAGUAAUGUUGAUGCUGAUUAUGCUGAAUAUCCAGUCUUUUCCUGAGCUCUUAAUGUUCCAGACCUAAACAGAUGAAUCGUUGCUCCUGGGUGGAAAAGACUUGAUUAUGUUAAUGUUUUAAUAUCUGUGCAUAGUGUAUGAUGUCUGAAAAAAAGAAUUCUAUAAUGCUUUUGGUUUCAACACUGGCUCUUUUUUGCUUACUAGAGAAGCUAAAGCAAUUUAGCUGAAAAACAAAUAUGUGGUAUCACAAUGUUACUAAUUACUGAAGGAUAAUAUUUCAAAAUGGACAAUUUGUUCUUUUCUUUCAUACACACAAUUUUUUAUUUUCUCUUUAAAAUGCAAGGGAGGAAAAUGUGAAAUAUUUAUCUUUUAGUCCUCACUGAUUUCAUGUCAACAGAAAACUACCUACCUAGUGUCUAAGAGUGGUUGUAUUUUUUAUUUGUGUAUUUUUCAUACUGUUGGAAGGAACUGUUUGGAUCUGGGUGUGUUGAAGUGUCUUUUCUAAGUGUAGAUAUGUAAUAUCUUCUCACAGUAAUCACUGGGAUCACACUGAACUCUGUUAUCACAUUAGCAUUUGUUGUCCUGUUUAUGCAGUCUUUAAUUGAUGGUGAGGUUGAAAAACAGCGCUGUUUAUAUUUAGCCCCUCUUGAUGAGCAACACGAUUAGAUCAGAACAGCUUCCUCACUUACAGAUCCUCGCAAGAGAAAGUUGAAUGAAGCGCUAAUUAUCCUGUUGUGUUUAUACUUAGGUGAUAAUGAUGUAGCCUCACAGACUUAUGGAUUUACAAAAAAAAUGUUUUGAACCAAAAUUCUUUAUUUAGUUUCCAGCCUCCAUACCAUGCAAAGUAUGACCAUUACGGACACACGGCUUUUGUUGAUCUGCCAUUUCAUAUGUAUACUAAGCGAUACACAAAACAUAGAAAAAGGCUUAAUUGUCUAAUACACAUCUUAAAAGAUGUUUUGUUUCUUUUUAAUGAUUGUGUUUCUGUCCGGGAAUGAAGGCAUAGCAGGGAUCAGUCACAUCUUAUUACAACGCCUCACACAGUAGUGUAAGCACAUAUUUAAUAACCACUUAUUUUGGCCCAUAGUCUCUCACGCACACAUACUUGCCCAUCUUCCCAUUCUGCUGCAGCAGCUGCAAUACAGUGUUAGUUAGAACUGUGAAAUGCUUUUUAUUUUUCAAAUAUUGAUGCAAACUGCUAAGGGUCAUCUUUUAAGUCCAAACUUAAUUUUUGGGUGGAACUGCCAAUAGCCAACAUUUUCCUCAGAAUGUUCCUCUUGUUAAUUUACAAGAACCUCUAAAACACAAUUGGACCUUAAUGGUACACAGAAAUACAGAGUUUGGAAAAUAGUAUUAGGGGAUAGCAUUUUUCUGGUCAGCGGGGAGCACAUAAACCAGCAGUUAGACUUUUUUGCUAAAAUACUAUUGUCAGUCAAACUGUAAACCUACCAACACAACCUGUGUUGGCUGCUAUUGUCUUUUCAUAAGUAAACAUGCGCCUAAUCAAAGUUGUCACUCUCUUGUCAGUGGUUGAGAGAAAUAUUGUUGUACCUCUUUUUCGAUCACUUACUAGGGACAACAGAACAAGCUGUAAACACAACGUUUACAUAUCCCAGCAGAAAGUUGUUAUGGUGAAUGUGGCAAUGAGAGCUCCUCAUUGAUCAAUUGAUGAUCACCCCAUCUGUCCUUUCCAAAACUGGAAAACAAAUGUCAAAGUGUAGGAUUUUUUAACAUAAUCAAAAUCCCUGGUUGAGUUUCUGCUCUGUGUUGGAUUGAAGCAUCACUGUACCGGACUCAACUUACUGCUAAGUGUUUACAAUUGUGCUGGUCUAUCUCUCACAGUCCAAAUUGAAAGCGAAAAAGCAGAAAAAAAGUCAGAGUCAGGUCAACUUGAUGAGAAAUUGAGUAACUGAGUGCUGGAAAAUCAUCCUUUGAACUUAACCCCUUUUAAUUGCACUGUGUUGUAUAAAGAUGUGCUGAUUGUUUUAGUUUUAGGGACUUUUUGUAUUGUAUUUAUGUUAUACAGAACUUUUCCCCGUCCAAAGUGCGUCACCUUAAAGGACUUUCUGAAAGAGUUUAACCUUCGCCUAAAACUUUUUUUCCUAGUUGUAAACAUGUUUUGUUAAUGAUUACUCUGAUGUCCAUAAUGGAGAAAAUCCCAAUGAAUGUCAAAACUUUUAUUUUCCAUAUUUUCAUUUCAGUUCCAUUACAUUCUUGUCCAAACUAUGCAUGGGAAAUUAAAAAAAGUUCUGAG